AGUGACAGUCAGAGAGAAAAGUAGCGUCCAUCGAGGCUCGUGAAGAAUUUAAGCUAUUUCUACAAGAACGCGAAAAAGGACAAGAAGAUGGAAAUAUCGCUGUGCAAGUUGAUGAAGCGUUUCAAGAAUACGACUGAGGCAAUUGACGAGACGCAGUCAAUUUUGAGGCUGAACUACGACUGCUUAUUUGAAAUCUUCUCUUACCUGGAUAUCCGGGAGCUAAUGAAAAUGGAGAUGGUGUGUCAGUGGUUUAAGGAAGUUGCUGAGAUGGUUUAUAAGACGAAACGACUUCUAUGGUUGAUGACCAGUGUCGAAAAAUUCAGUGAGGAAGAAACUCAGGACAUAUCAAUGAGAAUCGGUCCGUACGUCCGCACUUUAAUGGCAAAUUGCAAUAACUUUGAAAAUGUGUAUGAAGGUCUUAAAUCCUUUCUGAGCAACUUCAGAAAUUUGAGACAGCUUCGUCUUCGGAGAUUAGACUGUUUUAUGAAAAAAUCAUCUGAGCUCGAAUUGGCGGAAUGCUUGCGAAAACCGACGCAGUUGAAGACGCUCAAUCUACGUGGUAACAGCGAACUCCGCGGACAAUUCCUACCGGAAUUACAGAAUAUUCAGGAGAUUGAUUUAACCUGCUGCGGCUAUAUUCAAGCUUCUUACUUUGAGCUGUUCCUCAGUCGCAAUCAGGGUCUGACUAGCCUCAACAUAGAGAACUGUAAAUUCAUCACUUCCGCGUGCCUUGCUGCGAUUGCGAAACUUCAGAACCUGCGGAGUCUAGUGAUCAACAACAGCUAUAGAAAUGAUAAUGCAUCUAGCAUUUCUUUGCUCGGCGACUUGCCUUGCUUAAAGGAUUUAGCGAUUUCUAAAUGGGUCGAGCCUUUGGAAUUCGUAUGUGCCUCAACACGUAAACUGCAUUCCUGCCUUACCUCUUCCUUUUCCAAGUUAAAGAAGCUGGAGUUCCGACAGUGGAAAAAAGGGCUAAAUGCCAACAUACUGCUUCAGUUGGCAUGCAAAAACACUAUUGAAGAGCUACACUUUGCAUAUUGUAAACUUACCAAUGAUCUCCUCAUAGCAAUAAUCGGAAACUACCAAAAAUUACGGCUUCUGCAUAUUCGUGGACGCUAUAAAAUAACAGAUGAUCUUAUCAGAGGAAUCUUGCCGCUUUUGUCCGAGAGAGUCGAGCCACUCAAAAUUGCCGCAGAGAAAUUUCAACUAUCACCUGAGAUCGACAGCUUCAUCAGUAAUGAGAAACUUAAGAUAAUUCAGUUAACUCAAGAUAGCAAUAAUAGCGAUGUAAUUUGUUGGUUUUUUAGAUGGUAGAGAUUAAAAAUUUAUUCAUUAA